UUGAAUUUUCUAGAAGUCAAAUUGUGGAUUUCAGAGAAGAAAGAAAAUUACGCAUUCAAAUUUUGAAAAAAACACCUUUUUUUUAGUUUCAGAUUGUGUAAAGAGGAAAAGUGGGAAUAAUGUAAAUUCUAUAUUUAGAGAGAUGUAUGUUCUGACAAGAUGAUCUGGAAAUAUCUUUUCUUCUUUAUCUACGCUCAAAUCAGUAUUCGAACAGGGCAAAGUAUCGGCUGCUUCAAAUGUACAUCAGUAAACGGAGAUAAUCCUGCUUGUGAAGAUCCUUUUCACAAUAAUGUAUCAGAUGAUUCUGGUGAAACCAUGAUGAUCCGAGGGUGUGCUCUGGACAGCGGUACAUUAACAACAGAUACAGAAAUCAUACGGAUGUCACAUUGCGGGUACUUUUAUUUCAAUGACAGAUAUGUGACUGGAUGCGUGCAGAGCUGUAACGAGAUGGACGGGUGCAAUGCCGCAAAUUUUCUCAACUGUACCUACACUUUAGUCGUCUUUGCUAUAGUAAUAACAACCUUUAGAAAUGUGUAGCAACCAUUAUCCAUUCAGAAAUAAAUUGAAAACAAAGUUA